AUGACGACCGCUCACAGACCUACCUUUGAUCCUGCGCAAGGCAAAGAGGCCCUCAGAGGCCCAGCAUAUCACCAGCGUCUCCUCCCUGCACACACACAUCUGAAAGUCCGACAACCCGGACAAGGUGGUGACGCCGAUACCGAAGUCCGUGACUUGCGCGCAGAGCUCCUGAAGGCCGAGGCCGCGCACUUUGCCAAGAAGAACGGUGUUCCCGUUGACGACACAGCUGCUGCAGAGCAGACACCCAAGCGACAGCUCGAGUCCGCUCCCGUCGAUGCGGAGGCCGGGGAGGGCGAAUCCGAGGACCCUGAGGCGAAACGGCGGCGGAUUUUAGAAGAGACGCGUGACCUGGAUGCAGAUUCUGAUGGGUCAGAAGAGGAUAGUAGUGAGGAGGAGGAUAGCGAUGACGAUGAUGAUGAGGCUGCGUUGAUGCGCGAGCUGGAGCAGAUCAAGAAGGAGCGAUUAGCGCAGAAAGAGAAAGAGGAACAAGAACGGGCGGCUGAAGAAGAGGAGCAAAGAGAAGUCGACAUUGCUCGGGGAAACCCACUUCUUAAUACACAGGAUUUCAAUAUGAAGCGCCGGUGGGACGAUGAUGUUGUUUUCAAGAACCAGGCUCGAGGCACUGAGAAGCAGGAUGGCAAGGAGUUUGUCAACGAUCUGCUGCGCUCUGAUUUCCACAAGAGAUUCAUGUCUAAAUACGUUCGAUAA